GGGCCGGGGAGGGGGGAGUUGGGAUGAAGGAGGGACGGCGAUGAUCCAGCGGCUUUUGCGGGCCGCAGUUGCCUGUGUCUGCCGUGUGCAGCUUUGUGUUAUUCUUGGAAAAUUUCGCACCACUUGUGAAUUCCUUGAACCUGGGCAUUGCAAACCCACUUCUGUUGUGCCCAUCUCCUUUGCACUUUGCUCAGAUUAAGACUCAGUUGGCGCUUCAGCAGCUGAAUGCCGUUGCCUCACAUGGUUCAACACCACCUUACACUUUAUUAAAUCAGGCUUUCUUGAAAAUAGCCACGUCGAGACCCAGGUUUAAUCCUCGAGGAAACUUUCCAAUUCAAAGGCCACGAGCACCUAACCCUUCUGGGAUGAGGCCUCCAGGACCAUUUAUGAGGCCUGGAUCUAUGGGUCUUCCAAGAUUUUAUCCAGCAGGGAGAGCCCGUGGAAUUCCACACAGAUUUGCUGGCCAUGAAUCUUAUCAGAAUAUGGGACCACAGAGAAUGAAUGUUGAGGUAACUCAACACCGAACUGAUCCAAGAUUGACCAAAGAAAAAUUGGGUUUUCAUGAAGCACAACAAAAGAAGGGGAAGCCUCAUGGUAGCCGAUGGGAUGAAGAGCCUCAUAUAUCUGCAUCGGUGAGAGUGAAACAGAGUUCUCUAACACAGGUUACAGAACAGAGUCCUAAAGUACAGAGCCGCUAUACAAAAGAGAGUGCCUCAAGUAUCUUAGCAAGCUUUGGAUUAUCUAAUGAAGACUUAGAAGAACUUAGUCGCUAUCCUGAUGAACAGCUAACUCCUGAAAAUAUGCCAUUAAUUUUGAGAGAUAUAAGAAUGAGAAAAAUGGGGCGCCAAUUACCUAAUUUACCUUCUCAGAGCAGAAAUAAAGAAACACUUGGCAGUGAAGCAGUUUCGAGUAACGUAAUUGAUUAUGGUCAUGCAAGCAAAUACGGCUACACAGAAGAUCCACUUGAAGUGUGUAUUUAUGAUCCUGAAAUUCCAACUGAUGAGGUCAAGAACGAAUUUCAGUCACAGCAGGGCAUUUCUGCGUCUGUUCCCGCUCCAAAUGUGAUGUGUAAUUCUAUGUUUCCGGUUGAAGAUGUAUUUCGCCACAUGGACUUCCCCGGUGAGUCCUCAAAUAAUCAGUCCUUUUUCCCAGUUGAGAGUGGAACCAAGAUGUCAGGCUUACACAUUUCAGGAGGACAGCCGGUCCUUGAACCUGUAAAAUCCAUCAACCAGUCCAUUAGCCAAACAGUUAGCCAGACAAUGAGUCCGUCUCUGAUUCCUCCAUCUAUGAACCAGCAGCCUUUUUCAUCUGAAUUAAUUUCAGCUGUAAGGCAACAAGAGCGGAUCCCACAUGAACCUGUGAUUAAUUCAUCUAAUGUGCAUGUUGGAUCAAGAGGAAGUAAAAAGAAUUAUCAGUCACAGGCUGACAUUCCCAUUCAGUCUCCCUUUGGUAUUGUGAAAGCAUCGUGGCUACCAAAGUUUUCACAUGCUGAUGCCCAGAAGAUGAAGAGACUUCCAACUCCUUCUAUGAUGAAUGAUUAUUAUGCAGCAUCUCCAAGAAUAUUUCCACAUUUGUGUUCUCUGUGUAACGUAGAAUGUAGUCAUUUGAAGGAUUGGAUUCAGCAUCAAAAUACAUCUACUCAUAUUGAGAGCUGUCGACAGUUACAUCAACAGUAUCCGGACUGGAAUCCUGAGAUCCUCCCAUCAAGAAGAAAUGAGGGCAAUAGAAAAGAAAAUGAAACUCCUAGAAGACGUUCUCAUUCCCCCAGUCCUAGACAUUCUAGGAGAUCAACCUCAAGUCACAGGUUCCGUCGAUCUCGAAGCCCAAUACGUUACAUAUAUAGACCAAGAAGUCGAAGUCCAAGAACUUGCCAUCGUUUCAUUUCUAAAUACAGAUCCAGAUCCAGAUCUCGUUCACCAUAUCGAAUUAGAAAUCCAUUUAGAGGUAGUCCAAAAUGCUACCAAUCAGUUAGCCCUGAAAGGAUGUCAAGGAGAUCAGUGAGAUCAUCAGAUAGAAAAAAAGCAUUAGAAGAUGUAGUACAGCGAUCUGGGCAUGGGACAGAAUUUAAUAAACAGAAGCAUCUUGAAGCAGUUGAUAAAGGACACUCACCUACACAAAAGCCUAAAACUGGCAGUGGAACAAAGCCAUCAGUUAAAUCUGCAAGUUCUACAAAGAGUGAUUCAAAUUUAGGAGGACAUUCUACUCGUUAUAAAUCAAAGAAUCUUGAAGAUGAUACCUUACCAGAAUGUAAACAGGUGUCUGAUAAAGCUAUUUCUCUCCAGCAUAAGCUUCGGAAAGACCUGGCUUUACAUUAUGGUUCAAUUCUUCUUAUAUCUGAAUUACCAGAGGAUGGCUGUAAUGAAGAAGAAAUUAGAAAAGUAUUUCAACCAUUUGGAAAAGUUAAUGAUGUCCUAAUUGUUUCAUAUAGAAAGGAGGCUUACUUGGAAAUGGAAUUUAAAGAGGCAGUUACGGCAAUCAUGAAGUAUAUUGAAACAACACCUCUUCUGGUAAAAGGAAAAAGUGUGAAAAUAUGUGUUCCAGGAAAGAAAAAAGCACAGAACAAAGAGGUGAAGAAAAAGACUUCAGAUUCAAAGAAAGUAUCUGUGUCUACUUUAAAAAAAGAUGCAGAUGCUUCAAAAGCUGUUGAAACUGUUAGUUCAACUCCUGCUGCCAAAACUGGACAAGCCAAGACAUCUGCAACCAAAGUAAACAAAUCUGCAGGGAAAUCAGUGAGUUCUGUAAAAUCUGUGGUAACUGUAGCUGCUAAAGGUAAUAAAGCUUCAAUGAAAACAGUAAAAUCUGUUGGAAAGAAGUCUCUAGAAGCUAAAAAGACUGGGAAUGUCAAAAACAAAGACUUCAGUAAACCUGUGACUGUACCAGAAGAGUCUGAAAUAAAGACCAGUGUGGAAGUCAAAGCUACUGAAAACUGUGCAAAAGAAACUAUUUCAGAAGCUGCUUUGGAGGCUACAGAAAAUGAACCAGUAAGCAAGGAAACAGAGGAAAUGUGCGUGGUACUUAUUUCUAAUUUGCCUAAUAAAGGAUAUUCUAUAGAAGAAGUUUAUAAUUUAGCAAAGCCAUUUGGUGCUUUAAAAGAUAUUUUGAUUUUAUCAUCUCAUAAAAAGGCAUAUAUAGAAAUAAAUAGAAAAUCUGCAGAUUCUAUGAUAAACUUUUAUACCUGCUUCCCAGUAUUGAUGGAUGGAAAUGAACUCUCCAUAAGUAUGGCUCCUGAAAACGUGAAUAUAAAAGAUGAGGAAGCUAUAUUUACAACCUUGAUUAAAGAAAAUGACCCAGAGGCAAAUACAGAUAAAAUUUACAAUCGGUUUGUACAUCUUGAUAAUUUACCUGAAGAUGGACUUCAGUGUGUACUUUGUGUUGGACUUCAGUUUGGAAAAGUGGAUCACCAUGUAUUCAUGAAUAAUAAAAACAAGGCGAUUCUUCAGUUAGAUAGUCCUGAAUCUGCUCAGUCAAUGUACAGCUUUCUGAAACAAAAUCCGCAGAACAUAGGUGACCAUGUAUUGACCUGCAUGCUAUCUCCAAAGAUAGACUCUUCAAAGGUGCAAACUGAAAAAGACCCUGAACUAGGAAAAGAAAGCCCUGACUUGAAAAACAGUCCAGUUGAUGAAAGUGAGGUGCAGACAGCAGCUGAUAGUCCCUCUGUUAAACCUAAUGAGGUUGAAGAAGAAACUACUCCCAGCAUUCAAACAGAAACUUUGGUACAGCAGGAAGAGCCUUGUGAGGAAGAACCUGAAAAAACAAUGUGUGACACUGACUUUGUUAUUGAGACAUUGGAAGUUGAAACUGAAGGAAAGGAGGUCAAAGUGGAAAUUCCUUUUGUAGAAUCUACUCCAGCCAGUAUUGAAUUAUUCACUGAAAAUAUAGAGGAGUCUGCUUUAAAUCAACAGGUACAUACCAGUGACUUGGAGAAGGAAGAGGUAGAAAUUGUUAACCCUGAAACAGAGUUAUCGCUGUCUGACAGGGCAAUUGUAGAAGAAAGCAACAGCAAAGGAAUUCUAGAAGAAUCUCCAUCUGAAGCAGAAGAUUUCUUUUCUGGAAUUACACAGUGUAUGGUAGAAGCUGUCACAGAAGUAGAUAAACAUGAAACUGUUUCAGAAAUACUGCCAUCUGCUUGUAUUGUGACCUUAGUACCAGGAAUUUCUACUGGGGAUGAAAAGACGGUGGGCAAAAAGGAUAUUUCUGAAAAAAGUAAUAACAUGGAUGAGAAAGAGGAGAAUGAAUUUCAUAUUAAAGAAACCAGAAUGGAUCUACAAAUAGGAACAGAGAAGGCUGAAAAGAAUGAAGGUAGAGUGGUUGCAGGGAAGUUGGAAAAGAUUAUAGCAGCAAUGAAAGAAGACCCUGCAGAAAAUACUGGGAUCAAGGCAUACCCAAAUAAAGGAGUGGACCAGGCUAAUACAACUGAUGAAACUAGUAAAACUUGUAUGCUGGCUGUAUCAAAUGUAUCCAGCAGUAAAUCAAGUAUCAAGACUGCUAUGGUCACUUCUCUUAAGGCAAAAGCUACCGCUUCAAAAAUUGAAACUCAAAAAAGUUUUCUGAAAUCUGUGCUCAGAGAUCAAAUAAAUGCUGAAAAGAAACUUUCAGCCAAGGAAUUUGGUCUAUUUAAACCUGCAAGUGCCAGGUCAGGCCUGGCAGAAAGCAGCAGUAAAUUCAAACCCACUCAGAGCGGUGUUACCAGAGGAAGCAGUGGAAAGAUCUCAGACCUGCAAGGCAAGGAUUCUAAACUGGAUUACAGGGAUAUAACAAAACAAUCUCAGGAAACAGAGGCUAGACCUUCCACCAUGAAACGGGAUGACAGCAACAAUAAGACUUUGGCUGGGCAAAACACUAAGAAUUCUAAAAGCACCACUGGUAGAAAUUCCAAAGCCAAAGAGGAGCCAUUAUUUCCAUUUAACUUGGAUGAAUUUGUUACUGUGGAUGAGGUUAUAGAAGAAGUGAAUCCUUCUCAAGCCAAGCAGAAUCCACUAAAGGGAAAAAGAAAAGAAACUCUCAAAAAUAUUCCUUCCUCUGAACUGAACUUAAAGAAGAAAAAGGGGAAAACUUCUACCCCUCGUGGUGUGGAGGGAGAAUUAUCUUUUGUAACAUUAGAUGAGAUUGGGGAAGAGGAAGAUGCAGCUGCACAUCUAUCCCAAGCUCUAGUCACUGUGGAUGAAGUAAUUGAUGAAGAAGAACUGAAUAUGGAAGAAAUGGUAAAAAAUUCAAAUUCACUUUUUACAUUAGAUGAAUUAAUUGACCAGGAUGAUUGCAUUUCCCACAGUGAACCUAAAGAUGUUACUGUUCUGUCAGUGGCUGAAGAACAAGAUCUUCUCAAACAGGAACGCUUGGUAACUGUGGAUGAAAUUGGAGAAGUAGAAGAACUACCUUUAAAUGAAUCAGCAGACAUAACUUUUGCUACUUUAAAUGCUAAAGGAGAUGAAGGAAAUACCAUAAGGGAUUCCAUUGGGUUUAUUUCUUCUCAAAUGCCUGAAGACCCUUCUACUUUAGUUACUGUAGAUGAAAUACAGGAUGACGGCAGUGAUUUGCAUUUAGUGACUUUGGAUGAAGUAACUGAAGAAGAUGAAGACUCUCUGACUGAUUUUAACAACCUUAAAGAAGAGCUUAAUUUUGUUACUGUUGAUGAAGUUGGAGAGGAAGAAGAUGGAGACAGUGAUUUAAAAGUUGAAUUAGCACAAAGCAGAAAUGACCAUCCCACAGAUAGAAAGAAGAGAGCUGUGGACAUAAAGAAGACAAAAUCUGAAGCCUUGUCCCAAGUGGGCCCUGUAAAUGAGAAUGUUGUGGAAGAAGAUCUAAAAACCGUGAUUGAAAGACACUUCACAGCUAAAACGCCAACCAAGAGAGUUAGAAUUGGGAAAACACCACCAUCAGAAAAAGCUGUUGUGACAGAACCAGCAAAAGGUGAAGAGGACUUCGAAAUGAAUGAAGUUGAUGAAGAAUCUGGAUUAAAGGAUACAGAACCAGAACGAAAACGCAAGAAGAUUGAGGACUCUUCUUUAGGCGAAUCAGUGGCACCUGAUGUCCCUGAAGAUUUAGACUUUCUUGUACCGAAGGCUGGAUUCUUCUGUCCAAUUUGUUCCCUCUUCUACUCAGGUGAAAAAGCAAUGACAAAUCACUGCAAGAGUACGCGUCAUAAGCAAAAUACAGAGAAGUUCAUGGCCAAGCAAAGAAAGGAAAAGGAGCAGAAUGAGGCUGAAGAAAGAAGCUCUAGGUGAUUGGGGCGGGGGAGGGGGAAAGAAUGCACUAGAAAUUUGUUUAGGGUCCAGUUGAUUUGUGUAUUUUUGUUAUCAUUUAAUUUGUAAUUUUUGUUUCAGAAGCAAAUAUUCAUGUUGUACAAAUUUCUGAUUGCGCUUGAUGUAGAGAGACUGAUGGGGAAUGUAUGAUGGGUUUGAUUUUUAUAUCAAAUCAUCAGGCAUGGAGAAAUAUCUUUUAGAAGUGUUAAAAUAAAUGUUCCUACUGUAUAUUUAAAAUAC